AUGUUUCCAUGUGACCAGUGUCCGGUAGCAUACGGCGACCGAAGCCACUUGGAUCGUCAUCGCCAGAUACACGCUGAGCAAGCCGAGCACAGAGAGCGGACGCAACAGGCCACUAUUGAGCGAGCCGGUCUGGGACGAAUUCGUAACGUCUGUCAAUUCUGCCAGGGUAGGUUCACGACCAGUGAAGUCCUCAAGAGGCAUAUCGAUGCCUACCAUUCCGUCGACGGCAACCCACGGAACUCUUAUGCACAUCCAGCUACACCUCCGCAGCAGCAGGCACAGGCUCGACGAGCAUCGUCAGCAAGACCAGCCUCGCCAAAUGCUGCACCGGUCCAGCAUGACCACGCCCACCAACCUUCAGUGCCUGAUCAUCCGCCUGCUGAUGAGCACACGACAGGUGGAACUAGCCCGACAGGCAGCACUAUCAGCCUCGCCUCCGGGCCACCCGUCCCUGGAGAGGUCGAUGUCCGGGCUGGAAGCCUUGGCUGGUUGGACUUCAAAGAAAGAUUUGGCGGUUGCAGUUUGACGUAUGGUUCCCUGGUGAUGGCACUUGACAGCCUGGAUCUUCUUUUUAGAGCACCCUGCAUCCCCCUGAUAGCAGGCUUGUCAGGGGCUCAGGUCAAGCUGCUGCCAGGAAUCGAACUGCUAAGGCAGCUUGUCAACAACUUCUUCCUCAAGUGGCAAAAGAUCCAGCCGAUUUUCCACCUUGCCACAUGGAAGUUCGUCAAAACCCCAUUGGCGCUGCUUGGAGCAAUGGCCUGUAUUGGCGCUCUUUUGGAUGAGGACGAUGAAACGGCCCACCAGGCGCAUAUCAUAAGCUCACGGUGCGUUGCUGUGCUCAACGUCAUGGCCGUCAUCCCUCCUGAGAAUGGUCCAGACAUCAGGUUCCUAGCUGCUGUGUGUCUUCACCAGACAUAUUUGCUUGGGUCUGGUGACGAGCACGUGUAUCACCAUGUUGACCGAAUCCGCGCAUUUCUGGUGGGCAGUCUGCAAAGACUGGGGCUGCUGGGUUCUGGCAAUGAUGACGAGGAUGGGACCGAUCCGGCGCAAGAAACGGUAACUCAGCCAGUGCAGGCUGAAUGGACCGCAUGGAUUGCCUAUGAGCAGGCAAUCCGAACGACGUGGGCUGUAUUUGAAUACGACUGCAGCGUUUCCCUUCUCACCAAUCGCCCCUGUGUCAUAGAGCUGGGAGAUCUGCCUCUGAGGUUCCCAUGCGCCGAUGAGCUAUAUGAAGCUCCAGACGCCCAAUGUUGGGCUGAGCUCCGCUCACGAUCGCCCAAUCGUUCUCAAGGGCCGCUGGUGUCCGCUGUCGUGGCUGCUUCGGCGGAGAGGACGGCGCCGUUGUCUCGAGACGUCUCUCCUUGGACCAGACGUUUGUGCACCCAGAUUUUUGAGAGGAUUCUCAGAGGAUUCGGGAGGCGAGGCCAGCGGGACAGCACUGUUGCGGCCUGCCGACACGUUGGUCUCAACGUCGCCUCUGUCUGCAUGGAGAGCACGGCAAAGGUGAUUUGGGCCAUCAGCUUCCUGGCCAAGUCGAUACCUGCGGAGGGGACCGAAGCAGCGCUGUCAACUUCGGACCUUGUCAACUUCUGUUCCACGAAAUUGAUUCGCCAUUACGCGCAGUUAUCCGUGUACACAGAUGUCAUGGAUCUGAUAACAUAUAUCGCCCGCGUAGCCGCUUCGCCGUCGUCGCCCAACUCUCGCACAUCCUUGCGAUGGGCACAGCAAAAGCUCAUUGACCAUUUCGCAGUGGAUCCGCCCAAAUCUCGGCAGUAUAUUUGGCACGCAGGCCAGAUGAUCAGGAUAGCAAAGGUCUAUGCAGUCUUUGCGCCGGGCGACAAUCUGCGCAUCUUCUCAGCAUAUCUCGCCAUCAUUGCGUUUGUGAAAUACGGUCCUUCGUCGCUGAGAGACGUGGAUGGAGUCGAACCAUUUCAAGCAGACGCGUGGCCGUUCUGCGAGGCAGAGGUCGAAAGGUGGCUUCAAGCUGGUGGCCCUGCGCGAAUCGGGUCUUGCCAUCGCAUCCAAGUCGGGUGCUCAACCGACCAAAUCAUGCAAGAUGCGUUCCAAAUGCUCUACCGCCUCGAGAACUGGGGCAUUUCUGAAAGAUUUUUCAACAUCUUGGUUCACUUCAACGAACUCGACGUGCUUGACGGAUAG